GAAUUACAGCAUCCAGCCAAAGCUGCUUCAGAUGUAAUGGAAACACUCGAUUGUACAGCAGGGUGCUCUCCCUGUAAUUUGUUUUUGGGGUUUUUUUAAAUUGUUUUAGGGAGAGUGGGGAGAAAAAACAAACUGGGCUUUACUCCAAGGUCACCCGAACAACAUCAGCAAUGCUUUAACUCCAGUUUCCAGCAUGACAUGUUUGGCUGGUUGGCUGGUUGGAGCCUGCUUACCAAAACAGGGAGGGCAGAAAGGAUACUGUGAGGCUAAUGAGCACAGCUGAUCCUUGUUUAUGACAAACUAAUUGUUAUCAGGGGUACCUGGGCAAUGUAUGGGUGCAUAUAUUGGCAAGAAGGUGGAGUGUUUACUCCACUUGGGGGAAACUUGCUGAGUUGUUUAGGGGAGGAAGUGGUACUUCAGGAGUCAUUUGGGUCUGGUUUUAAUGGUGUGAGGCCCUAGCAUGAGGCUUUUGACCUUUCUGUUGUUCCUACUCCUGGUGCCCUUGGUGUGGGGACCUGCACCAGGAUUGCUGCAUCCUGGCUGUAGAGCUGUGGGGGUGUGUAAAUCCUGCUCAGAACAUCAGGAUGCUGAAGCAGGGACGGCGUUUCCUUGGAUAUCAACAUAUGUGCCCAUGAGGAGCUGCCACAGAGUCUUGAAGGGCACGUAUGGGGAGUUUUCUCCUCCAGAAUAUCACAGUGUUUCCCAAUUCAACUUGUGGUGUAACUGGACGAUCCGGGCAGGCUUCAGGAAGCAUAUUGUAGUUUAUAUUCAAGGCUUUAUCACACAGGAGGAUUGCAGCAGAAAUAAAGACAAAAUCCUCUUUGAAGGAGUUUCUUCGUUGGUGGAAAACGAUGUAGUUUAUGCUUGCUGGAAGAAGGAGAUGCAUGUUUUUGCCACCUUUGCUCAGGCUGUGCAUGUUGUGUUGCUGAAGAGGUACUUGCCAAAUUGCAGAGACACCCAGUUUAAAGGCAGGUAUUACAUCUUCCAGUACCAGCAAUGCGAAUCUCCCUCCAGAGUUGCUUUGAUUCCUGAAACUCUCACUCCAAAGCCAUCUAAGCAAGACAGGGUUUUCCAGACUGGAUGGACAGACCACCAUGGAGGCUCUGCAACCUUGAUACCUAUGGGAAGCCCAGUAAAGCUUGUCCCAUCCCAAGGUGUAAGUACACAGUUGCUGGGCAUGCCAGCUGCCCGCACACAGGGCUCUGAGCCACAGACAGGGCCAAGGAUCUGUCAGGAAGAGGGAGGUGUAGCUCGGGAUGCCCAGUUGUUGAGCUGCACCGCCAGCAGAGGAAUUGCUCCAGGUUACACACAUGGGUUUUCAAGCACGCUUUUGAAAACACCUUUGUUUGGAGCCUUGCAGGUGGUGGAGUCUUCAUUGCAGCCCACGGGUGUGAGCUGGGAGAGUGGGCAGUCUGUACUGCACCCCACCCCAAGGCUGGAAGAUCUGAGAUACCUCCAGUUUACCAUUAAGCCAACACGCACGAGUCACAUGGACUUGGGUGCUGAUUCACAGGCUUCCUCUCCUGGCAGAAGAGGAAGCCAAGAGAGCAUCGGUACCACCGUGUCCCAGGGGCUGGGUUUAAGGAAGGAUGGAAGCCGUGCCCAGCUCAGCAUCCCAGCUGAUGGAGCAGCAGGCAGUGAUGCUGUUGACCUUGCAAGGGACCUAAUGCCCAGCCUGAGCAGCCACUAUUAUGAUGUGGUGAGUUUCUCGCAGCUGCUGCCUGAGAGAGAGCAAAGAAGUUUGGGGGCUUUACCUGUGACUCAGCCUGGGCUGGAAACAACCUACCUCCAGCACAUGGAGCUCAUGGAUCUCUUCCCCCUGGAGAGUUCCAGGGGUGGCAUUGAGGAGAAAGUGGUGCUGUGUCCCACAUCACCAUGGGCCAGCCUCCAGGAGCAUUCUCACUUGUGUGCCCAGAGCCAUCCUGUCCUGCAGGCCGUCUCUGUGCACCCUGGGAGCCUCCCCACAAGCACCCAAGCUUGCAGCUGUCUGACUGCUGAGGAAACUGAGAUGGCCUCACCGUUACCUCCUCCCCAUCCAUUGGCAGCCCCCAAAAUGGGUGCAGUUGUGUCUCCUGGCCACCUUGGCCCUUGGGUGAGAGAGGAUGCCCUGGAAGGAGGUGGCCACCAAUGGGAAACCCUGGCUCCUGUGAGUGAACCCUCUCCAACCUCCAUCCCAAGGCCUUGUGUGGGACCUCCUCAGGCCAAGGACCCCCUGAGUCAUGGCUCUGGGGUGACACCAGCUCUGCUGCUACCGGGCAUGGCUACUAGUGACAAAAUGAUUUCUGCCUUGCUCGCUGGGGCAGUUCAGAUGCAGAAAAGAGUGGGAAGUCUCCAGGUGGGUGUGGGAGAGCAGAGAAAUUCCUCCUUGUGCGCUGCCCACUCUGAUCCUCCAGCAGUCCAGAGGAGACAAACAGUGCCAAGAGUCCAGGAGGCUGCUGAGGGUCCAGUAUCCAGAGUCAUGGAGAUGCCAGGACAGCCACAGAAGCACACUGAGCUGGGACUGCCCUGGGUGAUGGAGUACUUCCCUGUUAGGAGCUGCCAUGCCAUCUUGCAGGAUAGGUUUGGGGUGUUCUACCUCCCUUUGUAUGGUGACAUCCAUACCAACAUCUGGUGCAACUGGACCAUUUGGGCAGGCCCCCAGAAGCACGUUGUCAUCUACAUUCAGGGGUUCCAGAGCAGUGAAGGCUGUGGUAAGAACCAGGACAAGAUCAUUUUCCAAGGGGUCCUUUCACGUGUGGAAACUAAGGUCGUGUAUGCCUGUCACAGCCAAGGUACGCUGAUCUUUGCUGCACAAGCCACUGCGGUCCACGUGCUACUGCUGUUAAGAAAUGACCCUCUAAGCAGCAAAUACAAACAUUUUGAAGGACGGUAUUAUGUAUUUGGAGACUAUGAAGCUGUGAGUUCUUCAAGUGGUGCUGUAGCUCCCCAGGAGCCCCUGCAGGAAACCUCUAAAGGAAAGAGCUGGAGGAAGGGGAUAACACAAGGUUUGCAGCCCCUGAUGAGGGCAUCCCUGAGCCCAUCUGCUCCAUCUACUGCAGGUAAGAUCCAGGCCGAGGUGGUCAGCUCAGAGGACAGGGAGGCGUUGGCCCUUGAUCUUGUGAAAGAUGCUUGGCUUGGUGCAGACCUGAGUGAGCAUGGUGAGCUGCAGGGUGAAACAGAGAUGGAAAGAAGCCUUACAUAUGGUGGCACUAAGGGGAGGGAACAUGAUGAAGAUGUGUUGGAGGCUCCAUCAGGAGGAGGUGCUGGGCCUGAAGCAGAGCUGCCUGCCUUGGAGGUUACAGAGGGGGAUGUAGAGCUGGUGCCUGCUCUGGUCAGCACAGCCUCACCCUACUCAGCUGAUGUCCCUGCCUCGGAGGUGAUGCCUCAGGGUGACAGAGGUGUGUCUUCUGGAGAUGUGCUGUCACCAGGACAGGAGCAUGAAGAUCUCUUUGAUCUGGCUUCAGUUCUGGCAUCUCUGAAGAAUGGUACAGCACUGCAGUCCCUGCACCACCCCGGAGAUGUGCUAUUUGAAGUAAGGACUGAAAUCAAACACAAGGACUGGAUCGCUCCUGGCGGCAGUGAGCUCAGAAGGGAUCUCCUAGAAUCUAUACGAAGCCAUAUCCAGCAGAACCUGAAACUCCCUGCCAACAGAGUCAACGAAAUCAAGUUGAAGGAAGCCAAGAGGACGAGCAAUGCCAGUCUGCUGCUCACCUACUGGCUCCACCUGAAGCCAGAGAUGAGAAAUACGUCCCUGCUGCUGCACUCCCAGCUGGGGGAGCUGCUCAGUGCUCCGGUGGGAGCAGGGAAGCUGCAACUCGUCUCUCUGCUGGUGGAAGAUGUGAAUGAGUGCAGCUCGGGGGUCAGCCUGUGUGGGGAGGAGGCAGAGUGCUUCAAUGGUGUGGGCACCUACCUGUGCCGCUGCAAGAAGGGCUACAAGGACCAUUCUCCCACCAAGUCUGGCACCCUGUGUGUCCGUAGUUCCCAGUCAGGGUUCGGCUUCCUGCUCCGCCAUGGUGACAUGCUGGUGGGGGCGGCCAUCAUGGCCAGCCUGGCAUUGCUGGUGGCUGCUGGCACCUUGUGCUGGGCAAAAUGGCAGAGACGACGUGCAGGCAGGGCCCUGGGGCCUGAGGAGCCACCAGAGCCAGCUGCAGAGGAGCCGCCAGUGAUGGAGCUGCGGGACUUGGGGGACUGCCUGCGUCUCGACCCCUUCCAGCUGAAGCUGCGGGCCAGGCCCCCUGAGUGGCUCUGGGGGGCUCGGGCACAUCAUGGCCAGGCCUACAGCGUCUUCCUGGAGCAGUCAGCCCCGCUGUAGGGCUGCCCUCAUUACCUGUGCGCUUAGUGCUGACUGUGCAGUCUCACCUUGCGUUUUAUGGACCACCACUGUCCCCCAGCCUCUCUCAUUUUUGUCACUUAUUGGUUUAUUUUAAAUGCUUGUUUCCCUUUGGAAUCAAAUGCUCUUUAUAUUCUCUUCCCCCUUUUCCUGCUUGAGAUUUGUGCAGAACUGUUGCCGUAUAAUAAUUAACACCUUUCUUUUAAAAAAUAAUGAAGGAAAAAAAUAAAUGUUUCAGUGCUUGAUUUGGGAAGUUAAAGAUUA